GGAACAAUUUCACCGCUGCUUAGGUGUCUGUCUGUGCGUCCUACUUUAUCUGCCCACGUAUGUUUUCGAAUGUGUUCAAAAUAAUAAGAGCAAACGUUACGCUUUUCCAAAGUUAGGUUUGAGACAGAAAGAAAGAGAGAGAGAGAGCAAGCGAGGGGACGGUCAGAGAGAAAUCAGAGCUGAAUCUGUCCCGAGCAAGGAAUAGAAGAAGAGCCUUGAGGUGGGGGGGGCGGCAGAGACUAUCAUCCACCCCGGGUGGAGAUGAGAGAGCGCGCGCACGAGAAAGAGAAAGAGAGAGAGAGACUAACUAUGAUGAAUGUAAACGGACAGACUGCGACAUUGGUAUGAAACAGCGGAGAUAAGGGCAGUUCCCUAAAGUCCCUCUGCCCCCCUACUCACAUCCCUCGAUGGUCCAAUUGCUCUCACAAUUAUUGUGUACUGCCUAACAACUCAAUUUACAAGCAGUGUACAGCUGUCGUUCCACCAUGGAGAGAUACAGCAGUGACAAAAGCAGCCAUUCCGAUAUGUCUGGCAAACAAUUCUCUCACCGACACCUACAGCAGGCUAGAAUGUCUCAUAUGAACAAAAAGCACGGCAACAGCGAAAUAGCCGUGAAGCAGUUCGCUCCUCACCGACACGCCGCUUACCAAACGGCUUUGUUCCCUGUUACCAUGCCUAUGCCCCACAUGACUCUCAUUCCAGCCCAUUCGGAGGCCCUGUCGGGUAAACACUUCUCUCACCUCCAGCAUCAUCAUCAACAACAGCAACAGCAGCAAGUGUCCAUGGCAUCGAUCGUUGACAAAUCCCCCACACACAGCGACAUUGUUAACAAGCACUUCUCCCCUCACAGCCAUAAUAGCUUGCAACAACAACAGCAGCCUCCCCUUCCUCCUCCUCCACCUCCUCCCUCUCUGACGCCAACCCAGAUCAGGAUGUCACACCUUGUGGAGAAAUCAAUGCACCACGCGGAGAUCUCCGGCAAGCAGUAUUCCCACAGCCUACAAUUGCAACAACAACAACAGCAACAACAACAACACUCUCUGUCCCAUUUGCCUGAAAAGUCCAGCCAUUCCCAAUUAUCUGGUAAACAAUAUUCUCAUUCGCACAGCCUACAUCAUCAUCAGCAGCAGCAACAGCAGCAGCGGAUGUCCCGUAUAGCGGAGAAGUCGAGCCACAGUGAGAUGUCUGGCAAACAAUAUUCGCACUCCCAGAGCAUGCAUUCUCAAAGAAUGUCCGACAUCCUUGAGAAAUUGAACCCUGGCAGUGAGAUCAGCAGUAAACCGUACGUCCAUUCGCCAGACAUAUCAGCUGGCCACCGGCUGCCACACGUCAGUGAAAAGUCCAGCUCAGGACACCGUGAGGACUUGACCAGUAAGUACUCCCAGUCUCACACGGGCAUCCAAUCCGACCGGAUGUCGCUGUUGUCUUCGGACAAAACUGGGGUCAGUGGUGGCAGCAGUAGCAGUCCGACGGGCAAAUCGCAGUUCAACCCGACCCACAUGCACAGUUCCAUGGUGUCCCCACCCCACCAACAGAUGUCUCACCUCUCCGAGACCAUGUUCCCCAACAACAUCUACACGAGUCAGUACUCCCAGCCGUGUUACCUGCCUGUCUCCACACCACCUACUGCCACCACGCCCACUUCGGCUUCCACACCUGAUCGGAUAUUGUCCCCAACCGCACCUGUUAUAAGCUCAGGUAUAACUUCCAAGCAACAACAACAGCAACAACAGCAGCAGCAGCAACAACAACAACAGCAACAACAGCAGCAGCAGCAACAACAACAAGUAUCUGCUGAGAAAUCGUACAGCAGCAACAACAAUCAUGAGAAGUCUCUUUCAUAUCAAAAUGACAUCGGCCACAAACAGUACAGUAUCGGCAAGUCGUUACCCACAUCAACCAGUCAGCAGCAACAACAGCCACAACAACAACAACAACAGCAGCAGCAGCAGCCACAGCAACAACAACAACAACAACCACACUAUCAUCGAAAGGAGAAAAUGAAGGAGAAGCAGCUGUUUUGUGAUUACUGUGGUAAGAAAUUUCCCGAUGAGGACAUGAUGCAAGCGCAUCGUCUGACUCAUGUCGGAGGUAAAGCUUUCCACUGUGACAUUUGUUUCAAGCAAUUUUCGCGCAGAGAUACCAUGCAGCGACACCGGAAGAACCACAUGGAGUCGAAUCCGAGCGUCGACUCCACUGGAACCAGCGAUAACAUCUCACUGAACAACUCUGAUCACGGACCGACGAUGAUGUCACACAGCAUGUCAACAAUGUCUAGCUCCCUCUCCCCCAACCAGUCCUCUAUGGCAGGUACCGUCCCUUAUGUUAGCUCUCCACCAGUCCCUCCCGCUGGAACCUUGAACUAUCUACCAUCUAUACCGAAAACGCCAAAACCGAGAGCUCCGAGGAGUUCAAGACCUGACGACAAGACCUACCAAUGUGAUAUUUGUUUGAAACAGUUUGCCCAACGUUAUUACCUACAGAUCCAUCGGAGGACCCACACUGGGGAAAAACCAUACCAGUGUGACUUUUGUAUUCAGAAGUUUUCUCGCAGGGACACGUUACAGAUCCACCGAAGAACUCAUACUGGGGAGAAACCCUACCAGUGUGAGAUCUGUCUUCGACUGUUUGCUCAAAGUGAUAAACUACGAGCCCACAAGAAGUCACACGUCUUGAAAAAAAAAUACCAAUGUGAAUUCUGUCUUAAGCAGUUUGCUCAGCGCUAUUACCUGCAGAUCCAUCGGAGAAUUCACACAGGGGAGAAGCUACUGCAGUGCGAUGUUUGUUUUAAACCUUUUGCUCAGAAACAUUACCUGGAAAUUCACAAGCGAACUCACACGGGGGAGAAACCAUUUCAAUGCGAUUUCUGUAUUCAAAAGUUUGCACGGAAAACCACACUACAAAUCCAUCGACGAACACAUACUGGAGAACGUCCGUACCAAUGUGAAGUCUGUUCGAAAGAUUUUGCUCAAAAGUACAAGCUUCAGAUUCAUAUGAGGACGCACAGCCCAAAGAAACGGCACCAUUGCGAGAUCUGUCUCAAACAGUUUGCUCAGAGUCACUAUUUGCACAUUCACCGAAGGACUCAUACUGGAGAGAAACCAUUUGAGUGUGAAGCUUGCGGCAAACGAUUCUCCCAACGCAAUUCGCUGCAGGUUCAUCGACGGACCCACACGGGGGAGAAACCCUAUCAGUGCGACACGUGCUUCAAACAGUUUGCUCAGAGACAAUAUUUACAGAUUCAUAAACGAACCCACACGGGAGAGAAACCGUUCCAGUGUGAUUUCUGUAUCCAAAAAUUUGCCCGCAAGACCACGCUGCAGAUCCACCGCAGGACUCACACGGGUGAAAAGCCAUACCACUGUGAAAUUUGUCUGAAGAAAUUCGCUCAGAGAUACAAGCUCCAAAUCCACAAACGCACACACAUGCCUAAAAAACGCUACCACUGCGAUGUUUGCCUGAAGCCGUUUGCUCAGAACCACUAUCUUCAAGUGCAUCGCAGGACCCACACGGGGGAGAAGCCCUUUCAGUGUGACAUUUGUCUGAAGCAGUUCGCUCAGAGAAACUCGUUGAGGCUGCACCACCGGACCCACACGGGGGAGAAACCGUUCGAGUGUGACAUUUGUUUCAAGCCGUUUGCACAACGACAUUACUUACAGUUGCAUCGAAGAACUCACACGGGGGAGAAACCUUAUACAUGUGAGUUGUGUACAAAACAAUUCGCUCGAAGGGACACCUUGAAACGGCACAAGAAACUGCACAAUGGGCAUCAUAUUGGAGGGAAAAAGAUGCAUUUUGGAGAACAAAAGUCAGCAGCCAAUUCUGGUAACAAGACAAUCGAAGAGUUUCCACCGAUGAGUGAUUAUCUGUGGCAGCUAUAGGAUGUAUUUCAUGUAACAUAGCCACAUGUAGGCUGUAUAGUAUGUUGCACAUGGCCACAUGGGGGCUGUUUAGUAUGUAACAUAGCCACAUGUUCACUAUUUAAUGGUAAACUCAUUGUAUGUAUGUGUGUGUGAACAUGCAUACAUAUGUAUAUAUAUAUAUAUAUGCAUAUGGGUAUGUGUAUGUCUGUGUGUAUAUACUGUCUAUAGGUGUGUGUGUGUGUGUGUGUGUGUGC